CCUCGUCAACUUUGAGUGUAAGUAUUAGCAAAUCCUGGCUACUAUUAUCUUCUUCUUUAUGGCGGGCUCGUUGCUAAGGACGCCUCCGUGCAAAACGUAAACAUCCGACAUAUCUCCCCUCCUGCGUCACAACUUGCUCUGCUGAAAUUACCGCACCAUAACCACGUCAUCUGCCCCAAUGAGCACAUCUACGGGCCGGAGAACCAGCGCAGAAAAGGAGUAAGUUUAAUUGGUCGCCAGAUGAAACGGUCUUCUUACGUCAAAUUCAUGAAAAAAUACGUAUAAUCAGAGGGUGUUAUGGGAAGAGCAUCACCCCUGAGGAUAAGAAGAGAGCGUGGACUGAAGUGGCAGAAGCUGUAACAAGUGCCUUCCCUGGGAGUGGACCCCGUACGCAGGAUGACUGUGAGAGGCGUUGGUACAACGUACAACAAAAAUCAAAGCCUCGCAUUGCCAAGUGCAAGAAUGAGCAGCGGCAGACUGCCCCGCUGCUGUAUUGCUAGAGACCAUCCCAGCACAUUGUUCAUUACUUGUGGAAAAGAUACCAUCAGCUGCUCCGGCAACAGCCACUGCUUCAUCAUCUGCUGGCCCUAUGACACCAGCCACUGCUUCAUCAUCUGCUGGCCCAAUGACACCAGCCACUGCUUCAUCAUCUGCUGGCCCAAUGACACCUGCCACUGCUUCAUCAUCUGCUGGCCCAAUGACACCUGCCACUGCUUCAUCAUCUGCUGGCCCAAUGACACCUGCCACUGCUUCAUCAUCUGCUGGCCCUAUGACACCUGCCACUGCUUCAUCAUCUGCUGGCCCAAUGACACCAGCCACUGCUUCAUCAUCUGCUGGCCCAAUGACACCAGCCACUGCUUCAUCAUCUGCUGGCCCAAUGACACCUGCCACUGCUUCAUCAUCUGCUGGCCCUAUGACACCAGCCACUGCUUCAUCAUCUGCUGGCCCAAUGACACCUGCCACUGCUUCAUCAUCUGCUGGCCCAAUGACACCAGCCACUGCUUCAUCAUCUGCUGGCCCAAUGACACCUGCCACUGCUUCAUCAUCUGCUGGCCCAAUGACACCAGCCACUGCUUCAUCAUCUGCUGGCCCAAUGACACCAGCCACUGCUUCAUCAUCUGCUGGCCCAAUGACACCAGCCACUGCUUCAUCAUCUGCUGGCCCAAUGACACCAGCCACUGCUUCAUCAUCUGCUGGCCCAAUGACACCAGCCACUGCUUCAUCAUCUGCUGGCCCAAUGACACCUGCCACUGCUUCAUCAUCUGCUGGCCCAAUGACACCUGCCACUGCUUCAUCAUCUGCUGGCCCAAUGACACCUGCCACUGCCAGGGAUGACAAUGAAGCUGCUCCACCACAGUCACCACCUACUUCAUCGGAGUUAAGAGAUGCCUUUCAUAGGGCAGCAGUAUAAUUUUUUGAUGCUGGGGCUGAAUAUUACUGCCUCAAGGCUAUGAUUUUGUCACUUUUUUUUAUUACUGAGGAGGUUGGGGUGGAAGGGGUGAAAAAUAAUCUGUGCUGUUUUUCGACAGAAAUGGUUAGCAAAUUCAUUCAAAGCACAAAAUUUUCCAGAAAAAAAAUUGUGUGCCAUUGUGAGUGGGUUCACUUGAGAUUGGGCUCCAAUACGCCUCCGUGGUCUAGUGGUCAGCAUGCCUGGCUUCUACGCGGGCCCGGGCUCGAAUCCCGGCCUGGGCAGUCGGCGUGCAGCUCACCCAGCUGAUCAUUCUCCCUCUCGGGCUGGUCGAUAAAUGACUACCUGGGGAAACUGUGGUAACCCGGAUGUCACACUGGCCCUGUGUCCCGGGGUAAUGGGCUCCCUCCCACCACAGGCUCAAGGGCCAAUGUUACAGAGAUGAGCACCGAGGCCACGCGCUGCUACAGCGUAUGCCCCAACUUUACCUUUACCUUUAUUGGCUCGAC